AUCAUUCGCGUCCGUCAUUUCCAAAUGUUGCCUCAAAGAAACGUGUUGAAAUUUUGUGUCGUGUUAAUAAAAAGGUGAAAAUGGAUUACUAGUAGCCAGCUGAAAAGCAGCGCACCACGGUGCCCCAAGUACACCCAAACGAAUUGAGGAUUAACAUCGCCAUCAUGGCACCCCAAACCAGCAAAAUGAUGUCGCCAGCGACGAAAAACGCCGACAACCAGCAAGAGUUUUUACCAUCAUUCUUUGCCCAGGAGCAACAGAGUAUACCAUUAUCAACGCUGCAGAACCGUCCAAAUGCCUUCUGGAAUGAUGGACUUACUGUCAACGCCAACGACCUUUCCCGUGCAGCUCGACUGGGAAGGCAAGAUGGAGCCGUCGUCCCCGUCGGCUCAGUCCCAGCAAUCGUAUGCUGAGGACUCGACGAACUUCGAAGACGAUUUCUACGAUUACUGCAAUGAACCUCUUUUUAACAACGCUCUCAUUGGACUUGACGAUGACGUCGAAUUUAAGCCGAACCCAUUAGAUCUCCUGAAAGGUCAGGAUCUGGUGCUUCCGAUCCUCGGCAAGCAGGAAAAAGAUCUAUGGUACGAUGAAAAAUCAAAGCUAUCCUCCGGUGGCCAGUCUGCGCAGCAGCUCGGUGGCUAUGCCCCGUUGCCGACGGUUAUCGAGGAUGGCUCGUUCGCAUUGCAACCGGAGAAAACCGCUAAUGUCGUCAGCGAGGAGAUGUUGAUGGACUUUGAAUGUGUGUACGGAAAUGUCGAAUUGAUGAACCAACUGACACCGCCCCAAACGCCACCACAAUCGUCCGCGUUCGGUGGCGUCGGAGGCAGUGUCAUUCCCAUCGAACAGCAGUUUUCCAUCCCGUUCCAACAACAACAACAGCAGCAACAGAUACUUCUUCAACCCUUGUACGCUCCGGUUUCUAACGUGCUACCUUCCCAGCAGCAGCAACAACAGCAGCAACUGUCCUUCCAGGGCAACGGUUCGGAGUACUAUGUCGUAGACGAGUAUGCCACAAUGACGCAACUCGGUGGAGUCGUCCAGCAGCAGCAACAGCAGCAACAGCUCCCAUGUGACAUCGGUGUAAACUCGUUCAACUUCAGCUCGGAAAGCUACACCCCACAGCAGAUGAGCGAGGUGCAAAACAUCGUCCGCAGUCUGCAGAUGGUCGAGGAAUCGUUGAGAGCCGGUAAGGACUCCGAACAACAGCAGCAGCAGCAGCAACAGCAGCUCAGCUUCAACGAUGACGACGACUCGUGCGGUUUCUCCGAGGCCGGUUCGGUCGAGAGCGGUGAUUCGUCUUCCCGCUCGCCCGUCUACAGCGACUCGGCCGAUUCGUCGUACUACGGCAGCCGGAACGACGAGCGCGACGACGACGAAUGGAGCCCGACGAAGAGCAAAAAGCUGAACCUGUCCGGUGGCGGCGCGGUAACGAAAAAGCGCACCACCGGUACCAGACCGUACGGCCGUGGGACCGAGGACAAAAAGUCGCGUAAAAAGGAGCAGAACAAGAACGCGGCGACCCGCUACCGGCAGAAGAAGAAGGCCGAAAUCGAGGAGAUCCUGGUCGAGGAGAAUCAGCUUCGCGAUCAAAACGAGGAGCUGAAAAAGAAAUCGUCCGAUCUGGGCCGUGAAAUCAGCGUCCUGAAGAAGUUGAUGCGCGAGCUCCUGCGUAGCAAGGGCUUGAUGUAAACCGAUCAGUUUCUCUCUCAACAACAUCGAAGCCGGGAAGCAGUCGCGCCAUUCGUUUGUAUUCGGAAUCCAGAAAAUUGCGAAAUAAACCGUAUAAGAACUCAGGUUUACAGAAACAAACAGAGAGUAGAGCGUAAACGUCGAACGAGAUAAUAUUCAUUACAAAAUACUUACUUUGCGUACCUUUUUAUCAACAUAGAACAAAUAGAGACCGAGAGGAAGAAAUCGUUGUGUCGUAGACCGCUCUUCGAGAAGCUGCCAGAUGCAUGUGUUCGUGUCUUUUGCCGUGUGCCGGAAACACUUACACAUCGCCGGCAUAAUUUGUCCUUAUUUUUAAAGUCCAUUAAUCUUAGCGUUAUCUUUUCAUUCCUUUCCCCGCGGCAGACUAAUCUAAUGGUGCAGUAGCGAGAGAAAGAGAGGGUGUGAGGGGAUGGCUCCGGUUGCAAAUAUGUAAACGUGAGGGCUCAGUUAGGGAGAGUUGUGUUCUUGUCUCUUCGUCGUGAGAAGUACAGAAUCUUAACGGAGUUCUUUAGCGAAGCUUGGGGAAGGUUGUUUCGAUUAUGUGUCCCCGGGAUGAUGUGUCCAUCCAACAAACUUGAUGGAUGGAUCCGCGAUGAAGACAUGUUCGAUUAUCAAGUCUUAUCAUUGCAGUAAUAAUCGUAGAAGUUCGUCUUUCGAUCGGCGGGUAAAGAUAAAGAGAGAGAGAGGAGCAGAGGGAAGCGUUCGUUCGUCGCUAGUGAACGUUAUUUUAGCCGUGUUUAGCAAUGAUUUUAUUUUUAUACACUUUACCAUUUUGUUUUUUAAACCGCAUCAUUUGCCAGAAGCCGCCUACGAGAACCAUCCCUGACGGGUGUAUCCGUGUAUGACGUUCAGUUCCCGCUGGACCGAAGCUCUGCGGAGCGUACCUAUAUGGUUCUUGUGGCGCUUGCUUCUGGCAGGAUCGUAUUGAAUCGCUUACAAAAUCCGUCACCGAAAAAAUAAAAAACCAUGAGAGCUAAAUGAAAACAAUCCACCGCCGUGUGUCAUAUCGCGUUUGGCACAAUCGCAACAGUUUGGAGGAAAAUAAACUUUCGUACCUUUAAAAUGCAAAGUAUCUUUUAGUAACGCGGUUGGAUGUAUCAGAGGAAAAUGCCCUGUUUUGUAUCUUGAUCUAUUUCCCAAUAGACCCUUUUAGCGGCACAUAUACGGCACAAACUAUCAGAACAGGAUUCAAUACGAUGUUAGUUACACGAAAAAGGGGAAAGAGUAAAGAUCACGAUAAUAAAACCCUUUUAUUGUACAAGUA